AAGUAUUGGGACACCCCUCCAAAUCAUUGGAUUUAGGUGUUCCAAUCACCUCCAUGGCCACAGGUGUAUAAAAUCAAGCACCUAGGCAUGCAGACUGCUUCUACAAACAUUUGUAAAAUAAUGAGUCGCUCUCAGGAGCUCAGUGAAUUCAAGCGUGGUACCGUGAUAGGUUGCCACCUGUGCAAUAAGUCCACCAGUGAAAUUUCCUUGCUACUAAAUAUUCCUCGGUCAGCUGUUAGUGGUAUUAUAACAAAGUGGAAGCAACUGGGAACAACAGCAACUCAGCCACGAAGUGGUAAGCCACGUAAAAUGACAGAGCGGGGUCAACACAUGCUGAAGCGCACAGUGCGUAGAAAUCGCCAACUGUCUGCAGAGUCAAUAGCUAAAGACCUCCAAACUUUAUGUGGCCUUCAGAUUAGCACAACACUAGUGGAUAGAGAGCUUCUGGGAAUGGGUUUCCAUGGCUGAGCAGCUGCAUCCAAGCUUUACAUCACCAAGUGCAAUGCAAAGUGUCGGAUGCAGUGGUGUAAAGCACGCUGCCACUGGACUCUAGAGCAGUGGAGACAUGUUCUCUGGAGUGACAAAUCAUAUUUCUCUGGAAAUUUGAUGGAUGUGUCUGGGUAUGGUGGUUGCCAGGAGAAUGGUACUUGCCUGACUGCAUAAUGCCAAGUUUGGCAGAGGUGGGAUUAUGGCAUGGGGUUGUUUUUCAGGGGUUUGGCUUGGCCCCAUAGUUCCAGUGAAGGGAACUCUUAA